AUGGGAUUGUUUCUUACCAACCAUGCAGAAAUCUGUGGGAACGAAGAAAACCAUGCUCAACAAACGCCAAAGCGUGAAGGUGGUGGAUUCACAAAGACCAAGCUCAAAGCUAUGAAAAUAUACGGUGAUUUAAAGAAAGUGAAGCAGCCCAUUUCACCUGGCCGCAUCACGAGUUUCUUGAACUCUAUUUUCAGUUCAGGAAAUGCAAAGAAAGUAAAUGUGUGCACUGUUAAGGCUAUGGAAGACGUGAAUUUCGAUCGAAAAUCAAAGUCUACAUCUUCAUCGCUUCAAGAUCUUUUUAAUGCCAUUACCGACUUCUCAUCAACAAAUUCUCAAGAAUUAGGGUUUGUUGAUGAAGAAGAUGUUGAAAGAAGAAAUGAUGCUUUGAGUUAUUCAAGUUCUGAUCUCUUUGAGCUCGAUCAUCUUAUUGGAAUCGGAAGGUACAGAGAGGAGUUACCGGUUUAUGAAACUACUAAUUUGAAAACAAAUCAGGCCAUUGCAAUGGAUUUAUUUUGUAGUUUUAUCAAUUAUUGCGUUAAUCAAUGUAAUUAA